UGCCGCAUACUCAGGAACUGCACUUGCCUUCCGAGACCGCUUGAUUAUCGACUGGAAUAAGACCCAGCAGCGCCAGUCCUUCGCAGACCAGAAGAGGGUGUACUACCUCUCGCUCGAAUUCCUGAUGGGCAGGGCACUGGACAAUGCUAUGCUUAACGUUGAAAAGAAGGACAUUGCCAGAGAUGGCUUGAAGGACCUCGGUUUCCGCAUCGAAGACAUUAUCAACCAGGAACAUGACGCCGCUUUGGGAAACGGCGGCUUAGGUCGCUUGGCAGCAUGCUUUCUCGACAGUCUCGCGACGCUGAACUACCCGGCGUGGGGCUAUGGCUUGCGUUACCGCUACGGAAUAUUCAAACAAGAGAUCGUGAACGGUUACCAGGUCGAGAUCCCAGAUUACUGGCUUGAUUUCAACCCGUGGGAGUUUCCUCGACAUGAGAUCACGGUGGACAUUCAGUUUUACGGCUGGGUGAGGAAGUACGAGGAGAAUGGGAAAACCGUCCACUCGUGGCAAGAUGGUGAAAUUGUCCAAGCCAUUGCCUACGACAUGCCCAUCCCUGGCUAUAGCACCAGCACUACGAACAACCUUCGGCUCUGGUCUAGCAAGGCCAGCAGCGGGGAGUUUGAUUUCCAAAAGUUCAACGCUGGCGACUACGAGAGUGCAGUGGCUGAACAGCAGCGCGCAGAUACCAUCUCGGCCGUUCUGUACCCGAACGACAACCUUGAAAGAGGUAAAGAGCUCAGACUGAAACAACAAUACUUCUGGUGCGCUGCUUCGUUGCAUGACAUUGUUCGGCGAUUUAAGAAAACCCAGAGGCCAUGGAGCGACUUUGCCGAUCAAAUUGCCAUCCAGCUCAACGACACCCAUCCAACGCUAGCCAUAGUGGAGUUGCAGCGUAUCUUGAUUGACCAGGAGGGUCUUGAAUGGGAUGAGGCCUGGAACAUCGUGACUAGCACGUUUGGCUAUACCAACCAUACAGUCUUGCCCGAGGCAUUGGAGAAAUGGUCUGUCCCAUUGAUGCAGAACCUCCUCCCGCGACACAUGCAGAUAAUCUUCGAUAUUAACCUAUACUUCCUUCACUCCGUGGAGAAGAGGUUCCCCGAAGACCGGGACUUGCUCUCUCGUGUUUCAAUUAUCGAAGAGUCGCACCCAAAAAUGGUCCGCAUGGCCUACAUAGCCAUCAUUGGCUCCCACAAGGUCAACGGAGUGGCGGAAUUGCACUCCGACCUACUCAAGACCACGCUUUUCAAAGACUUCGUCGAAAUCUAUGGCCCCGACAAGUUCACUAAUGUCACCAACGGAAUCACUCCUCGCCGUUGGCUACACCAGGCCAACCCGCGGCUUUCGGAGCUAAUCGCUUCAAAGCUUGGUGGACGUGAGUUCUUGACCGACCUGACGCUGCUCGACAAACUGGAAGCGUUCGUCGAUGACAAGGAAUUCCGUAAGGAAUGGGAGGAGAUCAAGACGGCCAACAAGAUUCGUCUUGCCAAACACAUCAAAGACACUACCGGCUACAGCGUCAACCCGACUGCCUUGUUUGACAUCCAAGUGAAGCGUAUCCAUGAGUAUAAGCGCCAACAGCUGAACAUUUUCGGGGUGAUUCAUAGAUACCUGACGAUCAAGGCCAUGUCACCCGAGGAAAAGAAGCAGGUCUUACCUCGAGUAUCCAUCAUCGGUGGAAAGGCGGCCCCGGGUUAUUGGAUGGCCAAGACGGUGAUUCAUCUUGUCAAUAACGUGGCUUCCGUCGUGAACAACGACCCGGAUAUUGGUGAUCUCUUGAAGGUGAUCUUUGUUCAAGACUAUAACGUUAGCAAAGCCGAGUUGAUUUGCCCCGCCUCGGACAUUAGUGAGCACAUCUCGACAGCCGGUACCGAGGGCAGCGGAACGAGCAACAUGAAGUUUGUCUUGAAUGGCGGCUUGAUCAUUGGAACCUGCGACGGUGCUAAUAUCGAGAUCACCCGUGAGAUCGGCGAGCAGAACAUCUUCUUGUUCGGAAACCUUGCAGAGGACGUCGAGGAGCUGCGCCACCGACAUCUGUACGGCGAUUUCCAGCUCGAUUCCCAUCUCGCCAAGGUCUUUGAUGCCAUCCGAAGCGGCACGUUUGGAGACCCCAACGACUUCUCCGCGCUCAUUGCAUCAAUCGCAGAGCAUGGUGAUUAUUACCUGGUCUCCGACGAUUUCAACUCGUACAUUACCACACAGAAGAUGGUAGACGAGGCAUUCAAAGACCGAGAUGAGUGGCUUGCUAAAUCCAUCACCAGCGUCGCUCGCAUGGGCUUCUUCUCCACAGAUCGUGUGAUCAACGAAUAUGCGGACAGCAUCUGGAACGUGGAGCCUCUGGCUGUGAAAGAUUAGAACACCUGCAAUCCUUGCAUACAGCAUUCUAGUCUGUCCUUUCAAUUUUUUGGGGAACGUCCUUCACUUGUUCUGAAUUAUCGAGCAUGCACUCACUUUCGCGUCAUAGCAUGUGGCAGAUGGUUUUGACGAUCGAGCCAUCGCAUCAUCAGACUCAAUGACCCGUAACGCAAUCAAGUAUUUUUU